AUGCGACUCAAGACUAUCUAUGCUGCUAUCUAUCUUCUGGCAAGCGCUUCCAUCAACAGCGCCUUGCCUGUGCCUGCCCUGUCAACAUCUUACAACCCACUGGAAAUGGGGGUAGAACCGGAGAAAAACACGCAGUUUUCGGAUAAUGGACUUUUCCCCCCUGCUCCUCCAGCCGAUCAGCCGGAACCGAGUUCUCCGGGCAAACAGCACACACCGAGUUCUCCACAUUCCUCCGCUUCAUCGCAGGACGAUAAGAGCCCCCUUCCUCCACCCCCGAACACGCUGAAGAGAAGCAAGACUCUGGUGCACCCGUAUAAACCAGCCGUCACUCCGUCGACGGGGGUGGCAACGCUGAAGAGAAGCAAGACUCUGGAGUACCCGUAUCAACCAGCCGACACUCCGUCGACACCAGCCGUCACUUCGUCGAAACUGGCCGCAUCUGGGAGCAAGGAAGAUUUCUCGCACAUAGGCCAAUGGUCGGUGACAGAUGUCUGGUCGAAAGAGAAGGAAGGAUAG